GGCUUUUUGUCGGCAACGACCUUUCACUUACUUUCUUGCUAAAGCACUUUCUUUCUAUGAAGUCUGGUAUGUCCGCCUAGUAGUAUCUUCGUUUACAACGAUUCCCCAAUCAAAAUCGCCAUUAACAUCAGACCCCACCAAGCUUCUUAAUCUCCGCUAUUAAACCCAUAAUAACAUAUUAAGCUAAAUAGCUCCAAGCCUCCAACAAAUCAUUAUUUCUCCAACAACCACGCAAACCAGACCAAUCCCUUGUCUCCUCUCGUUUCUCGCAAUUGAAUUUGUUGUCUCUGUAUUGAUCAUCAACCCAGUAAAAAUGUCGUUUUUUGUUGGUCUGGUUAUUGGGAUAGUCGUUGGUCUUGCUUUGAUCAUUGGGUUUGUGCGGUCAGAGAAUGCCCGAUCCAAGCUUCGCUCUGAGCUUGCAACUACUAUUGCUGCGUUUGCGAGAAUGACGGUGGAGGAUUCUAGAAAGAUCUUGCCUGCUGAGUACUACCCUUCAUGGGUUGUUUUCUCCCAGCGCCAGAAGUUGAAUUGGCUUAAUCUUCAACUCACAAAGAUCUGGCCCUAUGUCAAUGAGGCAGCGUCUGAGUUGAUAAAGACUUCGGUGGAGCCUGUUCUUGAGCAAUAUAGACCAAUUAUACUGUCUUCUCUUAAAUUUUCCAAGUUCACUCUUGGAACUGUUGCACCACAAUUUACAGGAGUUUCUAUUAUUGAAGAUGGUGGAGGAAGUGGCAUUACAAUGGAGUUGGAAAUGAAUUGGGAUGGGAAUCCAAGUAUAGUACUUGAUAUUAAGACUAGACUUGGAGUUUCCUUGCCUGUGCAGGUGAAAGAUAUUGGAUUUACUGGGGUUUUCAGGUUGAUCUUUAAGCCGCUAGUCGAUGAGUUUCCUUGCUUUGGAGCUGUUUCUUAUUCCCUGAGGCAAAAGAAAAAGUUGGAUUUCACACUUAAAGUUGUUGGUGGGGACAUAUCAGCAAUUCCUGGAAUUAGUGAUGCUAUUGAGCGGACAAUACGGGAUGCCGUUGAAGAUUCAAUCACUUGGCCUGUUCGCAAAGUUAUCCCAAUUGUGCCUGGGGACUACAGUGAUCUGGAGUUAAAGCCUGUUGGCACACUGGAAGUGAAGCUUGUGCAAGCAAAGGAGUUGACAAACAAAGACAUAAUUGGAAAAUCAGAUCCCUAUGCUGAAUUAUGCAUUCGUCCUCUGCGUGACAGAACAAAAACCAGUAAAAUUAUUAACAAUGAUCUGAGUCCAAUCUGGAAUGAACACUUUGAAUUCAUUGUUGAAGAUGAAUCCACUCAACACUUGGUGGUAAAGAUCUUUGAUGACGAAGGGCCACUGCAGGCAUCUGAGCUCAUUGGAUGUGCUCAAGUGCCGCUAAGGGAGCUUCAGCCCGGUAAAGUGAAGGAUGUGUGGUUGAAGCUAGUUAAAGAUUUGGAGGUCCAUAGGGAUAAUAAAAGCAGGGGACAGGUUCACUUGGAGCUUUUGUACUAUCCGUUUGGCAUGGGGAAUGGCUUUACCAACCCCUUUGCUCCCAGCUAUUCGAUGACCUCCUUGGAGAAGGUUCUUAAAAGUGGAGCUGAUGGGAUGGAAGUUACUGAAAAUGGAAAAUCAGUCACACGAAGGAGAAGGGAUGUGAUUAUUAGAGGAGUUCUUUCUGUAACUAUUAUAUCUGCUGAAGAUUUGCCUGUGGUAGAUUUUAUGGGAAAGGCUGAUCCCUAUGUUGUCCUCACAAUGAAGAAAUCAGAAACAAGGAACAAAACCAGGGUUGUGAAUGACAGUUUGAACCCUGUUUGGAACCAAACCUUUGACUUUGUUGUUGAGGAUGGACUACAUGAUAUGUUGAUUGUUGAAGUUUGGGAUCAUGACACAUUUGGCAAGGACUAUAUGGGAAGAUGCAUCCUGACAUUGACAAGGGUUAUUCUGGAAGGAGAGUACAGAGACCAGUUUCCACUUGAUGGGGCUAAAUCUGGAACAUUACAUCUGAACCUCAAGUGGAUGCCACAACCUAUCUACCGUGAUUCCUGAACAAAUCCUUGUUUAAAUAGCAGAUUAGUGGCACUUUGCAGGCAGCCUGAGGCUCUUUUUAAACCCACAGAAUAGAUCCAUAAAGAGAAACAUCACUAGCUUUCACUUAAAGUGCAUAUUUAGUUAUCAAUAAAUUUUGCACUAUGUAUAUGUGAGAGCAAACCCUUAGUGUACAUAACUAUUUUUUCAAGAAUAGGCAACAAGUCAAGUAUUUGAGAGGGCAGAUCAACACCAAUUGGGUAGUCUCGUGAGCUGCGGACACCCUUUACGUCAAUUUCUUAUGCGGGGUAGGGGGCAGAAAUGUUGCAAGGUAUCAUCUGAUUUUUUGACCGUUUUGUAAUGCUUUUUAUAUACUGCAGUUUAUGCAAUAUUCUCAAUAUCAUUUCAUUCGCUAUUCUAUCAAUAAUCUUUUUAAAACUA